AUGGCAGGCUUCAAGAAUGAUGCUAAGAUUGCCAUUAAUGUUCUCUUGAUAGCCUGCCUUCUGGUCAUGUCCCAACCAAGGGUUGUGUCAGCAUUGACAUGUGAUGAGCUGGUGCCUUACCUGUGGCCAUGCAUGACCUAUGUUGAAGGCACAGGGCCAUUAACAGACUCAUGCUGCAAAGGUGUCAAGGAUCUCAAUGACAAGACCAAGAACAGCCAAGACCGGCGGGCAGUAUGCAACUGCUUGAAGAAGGCCGCAUCCUGCAACUCUGUUGCCAAGUCGAAGAUCGUCUCCGGCAUCCCCAGCAAGUGUGGGAUCAACAUCCCCUACACUAUCAGCUCCUCCACUGAUUGCUCUAAGGUGAAGUGAAGUGUAACUCUUCUUCAAGUGGAGCUAGCAGUGUCAUUAUAACAUUGUAUUAAUUAGUGAUUCCUUGUUAUUCUGAGGUGAUUGUGCUCCAAGUGUUCUCUUUUUUAGAAGCAAGAGUCUGUUUUGAGUUAAAUAACUUUUCUGGCAAGCAGAAAAGACUAGCUCAAAAAGGAAAGAAGAGUGGAGUGAUGUUUUAUUUUUAUGCAAUGCAGCAUUUAGCUCUGAGGUUGU